UCCCUGCCUAGGCGCUGAGCAGGGCCCUGGGGAAUGUCCCGGGGCGAGUUCGCGGAGACGCCCGCUGAACUCCGCCCGGCUCCGCUGCUCCUUUUAGGGCCUGAGGCUCGACGCGUUCCGAAAUGGCAGAGGAGUCCGACAAAGCCGUUAAGUACUAUACCCUGGAAGAGAUCCAGAAGCACAACGACAGCAAGAGCACCUGGCUGAUCCUGCAUUACAAGGUGUACGAUUUGACCAAAUUUUUGGAGGAGCACCCCGGUGGGGAAGAAGUCUUAAGGGAACAAGCUGGAGGUGAUGCUACUGAAAACUUUGAGGAUGUCGGACACUCUACAGAUGCUCGAGAAUUGUCCAAAACGUUUAUCAUUGGGGAGCUGCAUCCAGAUGACAGGUCAAAGAUAACCAAGCCUUCGGAAACUCUUAUUACUACUAUUGAUUCUAAUUCCAGCUGGUGGACCAAUUGGGUGAUCCCAGCCAUCUCAGCACUGGUUGUAGCCCUGAUGUAUCACUUCUACACAUCGGAACACUAAACACGUUCUCAGAAGCCAAUGGAAGAAAAGACUGCUUUGGUCUGGGGAGAAAGAAGCCACCGUUAACUGCUUCAACUGACAGAACCCUUCACCUGAAAAUGAUUUGAAUACACCUGUUUUCCUUUCCUCCUACAUUAGACACAAAACAAACCGAAAAGAACUGUUCUUUCUACUCCUGAACUUUUAGAGUAUGCCUUUUUAUUCAUCAGCUUUGUUUUGAUGUUCCAUCACUAUGUCAUUUGCUUAUUGUGGGCACAAUCUUUUAAAACAUACCACUGUGUUUGGCUGUCUGUUUGAUAUGUAGUUGUCUUUGAUGUUUGGAAUCUGAUUAUUUGGCAGUCAUUUAAUGUGCUAAUCUUUCAGAUCCAAGUUGUCUGUCUGAUGUGAGUAGGGGUGUCCUUGGAUCUCUUCUUGUGCUGCUUCAUCUAAUUGAAUAAUCAGGUAUUGCAUGUUUCCAAUGUAGUUUUUUUUUUUUUACAAGGAAAUUAAGGAAGGCCCAGAAAUAAUAGCUUAAAGAUUUCUAAUAAUUGUUCUACUUGAACAAUCAUAUAGAUGAUAAAAAGAGAAAGUGGCCUGCAAGACCUAGAAAAGAUACUCCAUCUUUUCUUUGAUUGAAAACACCAGCAACGUCAACAAAAGCCUGUGAACCAUGAGAGAACAUUACCACUGUCCCUUCUCUCAGCGUAAACAUGUCAUUCCGAAGAGAUUCUCAGUUAUACAGGUUCUCAGGUUUUACAGACCCCUCCUUCAGAGGUGAAAACUGUUUACGUGCUCCUGUAAAGAAAUGGUGAUUCCCUAAUUUGUAGAAACACACAUUUGAAAGAGAUUGUGGGACAUUUGGGAUCUGAUUUUUGAAGAAAUUUAGCUCCGGUGAUGGGCCGUGAAGAACUCUGGUGUGGACUGAUUCAGUCAUCCCGUCUUUGUUUAUUAUUCUCUGCCCAGCGCUUUUUUCUUCAAAUGUCGAAACUUGAGAGAUGAAUUUAUAGACUCGAAGUACUUUGUAGUUAGCGAUGAUUGUCCAUUGGCCUGCUAGCCGACUGACGAGCCAUGGAGUUCUUCAGGAAUAACUAAACACAUUGGAAAGGAAUUUGUUUAAAUUACAGAGCAUAGAUUUUUAUAAUCAAUGACAUGUAUCACCCUCUGCCUUUUUUGUCACUGGAAGUUAGAGCGAAUGUAGGAGGGCAGUGGGGCAGCUGUCUCUAUCACAUGGGAAAAUACCUUGCAGAGGAAUCCUUUGUUUAGAUUUUAAUAAACAUAAGCCUGGAACAAAAUCAUGCCUCUUGUAAUGGACUUGAAGUGCCCGACACAUCCCUCUGCGUUUUGAUACAUCGACAGAUGAGUCAGCAGGCUCUGCUGUAACGUGCUGUCAUGACUGUGUAAUCAUGGAUAGGUCAGUAGCUAAAUAAAAAUGACUGUGGGACCU